UAUAUAUGUAUAAAUAAUAUACAAACAAAAACCGGCUAAAAUAAAUAUUUCAAUAGAACUUUAUAGUUAUAGAAAACGUAUAUAUAUUACAUUAUGUAAUUUGGGUUUCGGCGCCAACAGUCACGUGACCACGGCCUAACCUAGCUGACAAAUGAAACGUUAACCUAACCUGUAAAAUGACGUUUAAAAUCGUCAAAAUGUGUAAUCCGUGAGAAAAUAAGAAAGAAAAGAAGAUCCUCAAAAUGACUGCUCACAUCGAAUCAGGAAUACAAUUGCUCGCAAGGCUCACUAGCAAUUGCAGAAAACCUCUUGAAGGAUUGGACACUCGUCUUUUUCCGGAGGGACUUCAGGCAAAGCAAACCGUAGAAAUAUUUGGUGAUCCUGGAAGUGGAAAAACUCUGCUCCUAACCCAGUUAAUCGCAACCUGCAUUUUGCCCUCCGAGUACAACAAAAUCGCCAUCAACGGCUUCGACAUGAAUAUCCUCCUCAUAAAUACGGACCACCAUUUCCAAGUUUCGAAGCUCUCACAAAUAAUGCAUAACAUCCUUAAGAAAUCCUUCAUAAAUCAGUUAGACCUGGAGGACCCUGAAGUUGUUAAGGAGAUAAUCGAAAAGUCUUUGAAAAAUCUUCUAGUAGUCAACUGUUUCGACAAUAAACAAUUUAUGUGCACCUUGUACACCUUGUCGGAUGUUCUAAACUCUAACAGCAAAAUCGGUAUCGUUGCUAUCGAUGGUAUACCGGCAUUUUAUUGGCAAGAUAGAGAAGCAGGAAAAAAAGAUUUGGUGUCUAUGAAUUAUUAUGUGUCCGAUACACUAAAUCAAAUUCAAAAAUCUACCUUUCAAUUCAACGUGAAAAUUAUUUACACAAGACAUGCCGAAUUUGUAACUAAAGGACAAAAUAUUUCUGAAUGCGUUUUGCAACCAACGCUGGGAGAAGUGAACCACAGACUAAAUCUGUUCAAGGAAAUGGAUUCGACUCGAGGAGUGUGUAAAGUUGAAUCAAUUCUGGGCCCAAGGUCUUUUGAUUAUGAGACAACGGCAUUGGGUUUGAAAUGGAUUGAAGCUCAUGAUAAUUAAUCAUUAAGGUACUAUUAAUGCAGAA